AGCACAUGGUUGUUGUUUACGUUGCCGGGCCAGUCCACAGCGUUCGCUUCGCUGGUUUCAAUUUAAAGUGUGCCGAUUUUACGAAUAGUAAGCAAAAAAGCAGCUCUACUCACCAUGUCGGAAGUCGACGAACAGAUGGAGGUGGCCGAGGAUCAAAACAUCGAGGACGCCGAUCUGGAAAAUGCAAGCGACGGGGACGAUGAUGAUGAGGAUCUGGAGGAGAAGGAGGAUGGCAAGGCAAAGGUUUACCUACCCGGCGGUAAACUGUCCAACGACGAGGAGCUGGUGUGCGACGAAUCCGCCUACAUUAUGCUGCACCAGGCACAUACCGGAGCACCCUGCCUCAGCUUCGACAUUGUGAGCGAUCCGCUCGGCGAUGAUCGGGAAACGUUCCCUCUGACGGCGUAUGUUGUCGCCGGUACGCAAGCGGCUCGUACGCACGUGAACAGCGUGAUCGUAAUGAAGAUGGCCAAUCUGACGCGCACCUCGAAACAGUCGGCCGACGGUGAGUCCGACGAUGAUGAGGAGGUGAGCGAUAGCGAGGACGUAAACGAGGACCAAACGCCCAUCCUAACGAGCGUGAUGAUCAAGCACCCCGGGUGCGUAAACCGGUUGCGUGUGUCCACGUUCGGCAGCUCGCAGUACGUGGCCUCGUGGAGCGAGAUGGGCAAGGUGCACAUUUACAACAUCAACGAACAGCUGGCGGCCAUCGACGAUAGCAGGGCGCGCAAGACGUACCAGCAGAACAAGACCGGUGACGGGGUGAAGCCGGAUUUCACCUUUUCCGGGCACCAGAAGGAAGGCUUCGCGAUCGACUGGUGUCCGACGACGCGUGGCAUGCUGGCGACGGGCGACUGCCGGCGUGACAUUCACAUCUGGCGCCCGAACGACAAGGGUGCGUGGAACGUGGACCAGCGGCCGCUCGUGGGGCACACGGAUUCGGUCGAGGAUAUUCAGUGGAGCCCGAACGAAGCGAAUGUGCUCGCCUCCUGCUCGGUGGACAAAUCGAUCCGCAUUUGGGACUGUCGGGCGGCGCCCGCCAAAGCCUGCAUGCUGACGGCGGAGAAUGCGCACGAAAGCGAUGUGAAUGUAAUUAGCUGGAAUCGUAACGAACCGCUCAUCGCUAGUGGUGGCGAUGACGGUGUGCUGCAGAUAUGGGAUCUGCGUCAGUUCCAGUCGAAAACACCCGUGGCAACGUUUAAGCACCACACCGACCACAUAACGACCGUCGAGUGGCAUCCGAAGGAAUCGACCAUCCUAGCGUCCGGUGGUGACGACGAUCAGAUUGCCCUGUGGGAUCUGUCCGUGGAGAAGGACGAUGGGGACGAUGCGAAUGACGAUCCGAACUUGAAGGAUCUUCCACCACAGCUGCUGUUCAUCCACCAGGGGCAGAGCGAGAUCAAGGAACUGCACUGGCAUCCGCAGCUGAAGGGUGUGAUACUGUCCACGGCACACAGCGGGUUCAACGUUUUCCGUACGAUAAGCGUUUAAUGGCAAUAGGAAUACAUUCACAGGAGCACAACGACGGUGAGUGCUGCUUGUAAAACUAAA